CCUGCGAGCUGCCUGCGGGUUGGUGACGGGCCCAGCCUCGCUGAACCCGCCGCUCCUGCUGCCUGCGCCGCCGCCCCGCAGGCCCUGGCCCUCGAGCUCCGGACUCUGCCCAUCAGGCUUCCUGCCGCCUGCGCCCCGCUGCGGCCCGAUGACGCUAAAGGCGAGCGAGGGCGACGGCGGGGGCAGCAUGCGCACUGCGCUCUCCGACCUCUACCUGGAGCACUUGCUGCAGAAGCGCAGCCGGCCCGAGGCUGUGUCGCACCAGUUGAAUGCUGUGACUGAGGACAUGUACACCAACGGAUCUGCUGCCCCAGGGGGCCCAGGCCAGACCAAAGACAUGCGGAAGGUGCGACUCAUCCAGUUCGAGAAGGUCACCGAGGAGCCUAUGGGAAUCACCCUGAAGCUGAAUGACAAGCAGUCAUGCACUGUGGCGCGGAUUCUACAUGGUGGCAUGAUCCACCGACAAGGGUCACUUCAUGUGGGGGAUGAGAUCCUGGAGAUUAAUGGCACGAAUGUGACCAACCACUCAGUGGACCAGCUACAAAAGGCUAUGAAAGAAACCAAAGGGAUCAUCUCAUUGAAAGUCAUUCCUAGUCUGCAGAACCGGCUUCCUGCUCUGCAGAUGUUCAUGCGGGCACAGUUUGACUAUGACCCCAAGAAGGACAACCUAAUCCCCUGCAAGGAGGCGGGGCUGAAGUUCAUGACUGGGGACAUCAUCCAGAUCAUCAACAAGGAUGAUAGCAACUGGUGGCAGGGGCUGGUGGAGGGCUCAUCGGCCGAGUCGGCGGGACUAAUCCCCUCUCCUGAGCUGCAGGAGUGGCGAGUGGCGAGUGUGACACAGUCUGCUCCCAGUGAGUCACCGAGCUGCAGCCCCUUCGGAAAGAAGAAGAAGUAUAAAGACAAGUACCUGGCCAAGCACAGCUUGAUUUUUGACCAGUUGGACGUGGUUUCCUACGAGGAAGUUGUCCGCCUUCCUGCAUUCAAGAGGAAGACUCUGGUGCUGAUAGGAGCCAGUGGUGUGGGGCGCAGCCACAUUAAGAAUGCUCUGAUCCGCCAGAACCCUGACAAGUUUGUGUAUCCUGCCCCAUAUACCACACGGCCACCCAAGAAGGGCGAGGAGGAUGGGAAGGACUAUCACUUUAUCUCGACCGAGGAGAUGACACGGAGCAUUUCGGCCAAUGAAUUCUUGGAGUUCGGCAGCUACCAAGGCAACAUGUUCGGCACCAAAUUUGCCACGGUGCUCCAGAUCCAUGAACAGGGCCAGAUCGCCAUCCUGGAUGUGGAGCCUCAGACCCUGAAGAUGGUACGCACAGCUGAACUCUCUCCUUUCAUAGUGUUCAUUGCCCCCACCGACCAAGGCACUCAGACGGAAAGCCUGCAGCGGCUGCAAAAGGAUUCGGAGGCCGUCCGCAGCCAGUACGCACAUUACUUUGACCUGUCGCUGGUCAACAACGGCGUGGAUGAAACCCUGACCAGAGUGCAGGAGGCCUUUGAGAAGGCAUGCACUUCCCCACAGUGGGUGCCCGUCUCCUGGGUGUACUGAGUUUGAGUUGGGUGAGCCCCAGGGCUCCUCCACCCCCCUCGCUUCAGCUAGUUCUCCACCAGCCACCUGCUCUCUGCACCUCUCAGUAGACCAGCCUCUUGCGUGGCCUCCAGAAGGGCUCGCCCUGCUUUUCCUUGGCCGUGGAGCCUAUUGAGAUUCCACAGGAGCACCAGCCAGGUGCCCAGGGAGGAAAAGCAGGAUUCUCCAAAGCCUUCACUCCUUCACCUGCAACUCACCGGGUGUUCCCUUUCCUCUGUGAAAGCCUUUGAACUUUCCAAAAUGCUGCGCUAUUAUGACAUCUGCUCCAGAGCAAUAAAGUUGCUGUUGAAAUGCCUGGGUCACUUA